AUUAGUAGAUAUUGUUGUAGAUUGGUGUAUAUUAUUAGUGGAUGGGGUAUAUUAUUAGUAGAUGAUGUAUAUUAUUAUGAGAUGGUGUAUAUUAUUAGUAGAUGGUGUAUAUUGGUAUAUAUUGAUGGUAGAUGUUGUAGAUUUGUGUAUAUUAUUAGCAGAUGGUGUAGAUUGGUAAAAGUAUGUGCUCACUAUAACAUCCCUAUUAUGAGCCAUUUUAGCCUACUACCAAAACAUCACAGAGUUGCAGAGUAG